AUGCUGAUCCAAAAACGCCUUUAUGGUUAUGAAAAUUUCUAUCUACCAAUUAACUUGACUGAUUUUACAGCACUUAAUCCAGAUGAUAUGAUCACUUUUAAGCCUACGGAUUCGGUCCACCUUUUGAUUGUGGGAGCUUUUAUUGAUCAACAUAUCCAAAUGGCUGAUUAUAAAUCUUACUAUACUCAGUGUCAGCCAGAAAUGUGUAUUUACACAAUUGAUCAGAAAUUGCAUUUAGUUACUCUUGUUAACGCUGUUAUUGGAUUACUUGGAGGAUUGUCUGUUGUACUACAUCUCUUGGUUCCAUUAUUGAUCAGAAUUAUUUAUGGAAUUCGUCGUUUGUGUCUUCAUCGAACACGAGGUAAGAAGCUCUCUGCUUCAAAUAUUGAAGUAUUUUAA